UACACUCUUCAGUGUGUCCUUCCAAUCAACUACUUUGUGGAGAAAGUAUUUGUAUUCCUUUGGUUCUGGUUCGUCCUCCUAGGCGCUUUCACCUUCCUAAGUACCCUGCAAUGGGCCUUCAACACCCUCGUCCCAAUCCGCCGAAUUGCUUAUAUCAAGCAGUAUAUUCGUGCUAUUCGACAGUUGUCAAACACCGAGGAACGCGACUGUACGCGUUUCGUGAACAAUAACCUCGGACCUGAUGGAGUGCUGAUACUGCAGGUGGUCUCGCGUGCCUCCAGUGACCUGAUCGCCCUGGACGUGACAGCCACCAUGUGGAGCAACUAUCGGCACGCUAAAAUCACCGGCACGGAGGAGGACUUUGGAAGGUUCAUAGAGAAUGUCAAUCGUGGUACCACAGCUGUAUAG